AACCCACCCCACCCCAGCCCCACCCCACUCUCAUCCAACACCACCAAUGGCGAAAAAUCUAAAUCCGAACCCGAAUCCGCCGCCGUUGACGGCGCAAGACGACGCCGGCGACGAAGUCUCCAAAGUCUUCAACAAGUUCGACGCUAACGGCGACGGAAAGAUCAGCGCGGCGGAGUUCGGCGCGGUUCUGACGGCUCUGGGCUCGCCGACGGCGGAGGACGAGGUUGCGCGCGCGAUGUCGGAGCUGGACACCGACGGCGACGGAUCCAUAAAUCUGAGCGAAUUCAGGGCGUUCCACUGCGGCGGCGGCGGCGAUGCGGUGGCGGAGAUGAAGGAGGCGUUUGAGAUGUACGACAAGGACGGUGACGGAAAGAUAACGGCGAUUGAACUUCACGCGGUGCUGAAGUGCUUGGGGGAGAAGUGCACCACGAAGGAGUGCGAGGGUAUGAUCGGAAGUUACGACGUUGACGGCGACGGCUGCAUCAACUUCGAUGAGUUUAAGAAGAUGAUGACCAAGGCUGCUUCCUGACCGUACGAUCAAGUGUAACGGUCAACUUUCCUAAUAAUAAUAAUAAUAAUAAUAAUACUAAUAGUUCAUUAACCUGUCUAGGGUUUGCUUUGCCGUUAGUGUUUAUAUAUAAUACUCGCUCCGUCACACAUAA